AUGCACAUUUCGCUACAGCAGAAUGCAUCGUCGCCAAUACCAUUACCACCGCAGUUGUUGGACCCUCCGGUGGACCAAGACCUCAACUUCGUGGACCUGGAGCUGAUACACAACUACACCACUGCUGUCUACAUGACAUUGUCGACGGAUCCGCUGGUACGCCAAAUGUGGAGGGUGUCUGUGGUCCGGCUGGCUCUCAAAUGUGACUACGUGAUGCGAACACUGCUGUCCAUAUCGGCGUUACACCUGGCCCAUCAACGGCCAGAACGCAAGGAGGCACUUGUGGCUAGAGCGUUGUUGUACCAUCGUCUUGCAAGUCGUGAAGCAAUGGGGCUGAUGAGCAGCUUGGAUGAAAGGAACGCUGAGAACCUGUUUCUCUUCUCUCUGUUGACAAUAUUCUUCGCUCUGGCAUCUGGGCGCUACCUUAAAGAAUCAGCCGUCGUCUGGGAAUCCGCUUUUCCAGACUGGACUUUCCUACUCUCGGGUGCAUGUUCGCUCAUAAAACUCUUGAACGCGAGGAUAUACGACGGACCUCUGCUACCUAUCAUUCGGUACGCGACGGAAAGGUUCUUCACGGCCCGAGACGAGACUUCGGCACACCCAGAGAAUCUCGAAAAUCUCAGGAAGCUCAUUGGCAGCAAUUGUCGGGACGAGAACCUAUUAGAUAUCUACAACUACGCCAUCGACGAGUUACGACACCCUCUCUCGCUCGCGCUGAACGGUGGCGGCCAUGGCAUGGAUAUUAUGGACAUGUUCAUCUGGAAGUACUUUGUCGCGGAGGAUUUUCUGCCCUUGCUGAAGACACCUGAGACGAACCAGGAGGCCGUUGUUAUUUAUGCUCACUUUUGCAUUGUCUUGGGCAAACUCGAGAGCCAGUGGUGGUUGCAAGGAUGGGCAAAGCAUCUGAUAUCUCAGGCCUGGGCGUUGCUUGACGAGAGGUACAAGCCCUGGAUACAGUGGCCGAUGGAGGAGUUAGGGUGGGUGCCACCACAAUAG